AAUGGCAGCAGAGUGACAUCAUGGCCCUGAUGAUACCUCCAGUGAAGCUCAAAUGGCUGGAGCACCUGAACGGCUCGUGGAUCACGGACGACAGCGAGUCCAUCUCCACGCGGGAGGGCGUGUCCGUGCUCUACUCCAAGCUGCUCACCAACAAAGAGGUGGUCGUCCUUCCCCAGCAGGUGUUGUGUCUGAAGGGACCCCAGCUGCCAGACUUUGAGCGCGAGUCCCUGUCCAGCGAUGAACAGGGACACUACCUCGACGCACUCCUCAGCAGCCAGAUGGCGUUGGCCAAGAUGGUGUGUUCCGACUCUCCCUUCGCCUCCGCUCUCCGCAAACGCCUGCUGGUCCUCCAGAGGAUCUUCUUCGCUCUGUCCAACAAGUACCACGACAAGGGCAAAGUCAAGCAGCAGCAGCACUCGCCCGACAACAACUCCGGAUCGUCCGACCUGCACUCUGUCAGCGAGCGGCCGCGGUCCAGCACCGAUGCUCUGAUCGAGAUGGGGGUCCGAACGGGCCUCAGUCUGCUGUUCGCUCUGCUCCGUCAGAGCUGGAUGAUGCCGCCGCCGCCCGGCCCCGGAGGACUCAACCUCUGCAACGACGUCAUCCACACGGCCAUGGACGUGGUCUCCUCCCUGCCGCCCCUCUCCCUGGCCAACGAGAGUAAGAUCCCCCCUAUGGGUCUGGACUGCCUGACCCAGGUCACCGCUUUCCUCAAGGGAGUGACCAUGCCAAACUCCGGGGCGGACGUCCUGGGUCGGAGGCUGGCGUCGGAGCUGUUGCUGGGCCUGGCUGCCCAGAGGGGCUCCCUGAGGUACCUUCUGGAGUGGGUGGAGAUGGCCCUGGUGGCGUCCGCCGUGGUCAGCACCAUGGAGAAGGAGAAGAUGAAGGCGUGUCUGCUGAACCAGGAAGGGCUGAUUGGAUACGACUGCUUCAUGAACAUCCUCAUGCAGAUGAGACGUUCCCUGGGCUCGUCAGCAGACAGGAGCCAGUGGAGGGAACCGACGCGGACAUCAGAUGGUCUGUGCUCUUUGUAUGAAGCAGCUCUCUGUCUGUUCGAAGAGGUGUGCAGGAUGGCGUCAGACUACUCCCGUACCUGUGCCAGCCCAGACAGCCUCCAGACCGGCGAGGCUCCCAUGUUGUCAGAGACGUGCGAGGUGUACGUCUGGGGCAGUAACAGCUCCCACCAGCUGGUGGAGGGAGCACAGGAGAAGAUCCUCCAGCCCAAGUUGGCACCCAGCUUCGCCGACGCACAGACG